AUGUAUGCGGCUCCAUUGAAGGCAGGGGGCCUUGCAAGGGAAGCACCUUCUCCUAGAAAUCCAACUGAGGCCAUGUACUUUUAUGAGAAUUUCUCUAAAAUAGUUGGAUUGCAUGUGGAAAUGACUAACAAGUCGACCGACUUCAAACGUUUGAAGUUUCCUGUAUUGAAUGUGGUAAUGACUAACAAGUUGACCGACGGUUUGAAGUUAACUGUUCAUUGCAAAUCUAAAGACAAUGAUCUUGGAAUUCAUGUUCUUGUUCCUGGUCAAAGUUAUGGAUUUAAAUUUAGACAUAACUUAUUUGGUGAGACACUAUUCUUUUGUUUCUUUAAGUGGAAUGAUGUGACACAUUGGUUUGAUAUAUAUGAAGAUGAAAGAGAUUAUGCUACUUGUAAGUCUUGCUAUUGGGAUAUAAAGCAAACAGGACCGUGCCUGAAAGAUCCAAAGGGUGAUAUUUGCUAUCCUUGGAAUAAAUAA